AUUCUAUAGAGGGCGAUGUCAUUUUAAUUUUAAUACCAUCAGUGACGCGUACUUUUGGAAAUUUUAUAUGGUGCCGUUAUGUGAGGAAAUUAAAAUACUGCGAGGGAAUACUAGUAAAGGAAUUAAAAUACAUAAAUAUAAUAACAUCCUCCACCACUAAAAGUUUGUUGUGGGACCUGUACGCUAUUGUCGAGACCUAUUUAUAUGCACGUGUAUGACCGUAGUUAUAGUCAUAACUUUCGAAUUAGUGGAUUUCUUGCCCCUUAUACUUCCUGAUUCUACAUGUCGUAAACUACAAUUUUGGUAAAAAAGUUAACAAUUUUGGGUCCCCUAAAAUAACAUUGAUUGAUAUUUGUAUAGUAAAUAUUCUUUAUUAUUGUGAAAAUAUAACCUAACUAAAAUUAAAAUUAAUAUACUCAUAUCAUAUUAAGGUUAACCACGAGAUAAGAACAUUCCCCUAUAAAGUAUAAUUGUUUAUUUAAUAUUUCUAAAUAUAUUUUUACGUAAAUAUUUGAAUUUUCAUCUGUAAUAAGAUGAAAAAGGGACCUAAAGAAGUGAACACAAAGAGUGAUAAGUGGUAUGAAGAAUAUCCUAAAGAAGAGGAACCAUGUAAACAUUCAAAAUCUGAAAUAGAAAUAUCGAAUUUAAAAAAUGAAGCAAAAAGAUAUUUAGAUGCAGAAACUUCUGUUUACCAAUUAAAAGAAUCAAAAUAUACUGAUUCAGAAACAGCAUGGUUAAGAACAGCAUUAACACAGGGUACAACCUCAGAUAAAGUAGCAGCUGCUAUUGUAUUAGUGCAAGACAAUCCAAAAUACAAUUUAACUCGACUUACAAAGCUUAUAAACCAAGUACGAGUUGCAAAACAUAAUCAAUGCAAUAUGAUGAUAAAAUCUUUAAAAGAUCUGUUUUUAUCAGAUCUACUUCAUCCUAAAUUUAAAUUACUGAAAUUCGAGGAACAAAAUUUAGAUGAACUUGACAAAUUUAGUUCUGGAGAUGCACUUAUUAAAUCAGGUUUAUCAAGAAAAAAACUAAUGGCUCAUUGGUAUUUUGAAGAUCAAUUACAUGAACAGUAUGAACAUUUUGUAAUGUCUUUAGCUACUAUUGCAUCUGAUACCGUGGAUGCAAAUCGUGAAAUAGCAAUAUCAACGAUGAAAGAUUUAUUAAUAGGAAAUGUUGAACAAGAACACAAGUUAUUAGAAUUGAUUGUUAAUAAAAUAGGAGAUCCAAGUAGUAAAAUAGGAUCUAAAGUUAUAUUUUGUCUAAAUAAGUUAUUAUAUGAACAUCCCAACAUGAAACUUGUUGUAUUACGAGAAGUUCAAAAAUUAUUAUUUAGAAAAAAUGUAGCACAACGUGCUCAAUACUAUGCAAUAUGCUUAUUGACACAAUUUCUUCUAACUAAGAAGGAUGAAAAGCUUGCUUCUACACUUAUUGAAGUGUAUUUUGCCUUUUUUAAAGCUUGUUUAAAAAAGGGAGAGCCAGAUUCUAGAAUGAUGGGAGCAAUUUUAGCUGGUGUAAAUAGAGCAUAUCCAUUUGCAAACAUGGAUUCAGAUAUGUUGAAUGAUUAUAUAGACUCUGUAUACAAAGUUGUACAUAUUGGAUCUUUUAAUGUUUCUUUAAAUGCACUUAACUUAUUAUACCAGAUUACAGGUAAAGAUGAAGCCCAAUCAAACAGAUUUUAUUCAACCUUUUAUCGGAAAUUAUUAGAUCCACAAAUUGGAGUGGCAAAUAAACGUGCACUGUUUCUUAAUCUAUUAUUCAGAGUUCUCAAAAAUGAUCGUAACAAACAACGUUCAUAUGCCUUUGUCAAAAGAACUUUACAAAUCAUAUUAUAUUUUCCUGCAAAUAUGGCAUGUGCUACUUUAUAUGUAAUAUCCCAAAUUUUACAGACACAUAGGGAAUUAAAAACUUUAUUAUUAAAACCUCGAGAUUUUAUCGAAAUUGAAAAUGAAGAUCUUGAAUCUAAAGAUUGUUCAUUAAGUCCAGAAAAUAAAAAUAUCUCUUAUCCUUCUAAUGAUAGAUCCAAAUUAGAAGAUUACAUUUUAUUAACGAAUGUUAUAUCUGAACACAAUAUUGAUAAGGAAAUUAAAUCUGAAAAUAAAACAGGAAAUAACAUAAAAACUGAUUUCAAUUCACAUAAGGAAUAUGACCCCUUUUGUCGCAAUCCUCUUUAUGCUGGAACAACUAAAGGUUUAAAUACAGAGUUCAUAACAUUAUCUAAGCAUUAUCAUCCAAGUGUUGCAUUAUUUGCAAAUACUAUUCUUGAAGGGAAACCAAUCGAUUACACAGGAGACCCGUUAGGAGAUUUAUCCUUAAUGCGUUUUCUAGAUCGUUAUGUUUUUAAAAAUCCAAAAAAGUUAGAAGAUAAAAAAGUGCAGAGAAAGAAUGACCCUUUAGCACAACGUGCAGGGUAUACACCUAAAGGUAUUAGAUGUGUUCCAAUUGAUAGUAUGUCAUAUCUCAAUGAAAGAGAAGAACGCAUUCCAGUUGAUGAAUUAUAUUUAUACCGAUAUUUAAAAAAGAAAAAAGAAUUUAAACACGAACUUAAAGUUGAAGACGAUGAUAUAGAGAGUGUUAAUAGCGAAGAAUUUGACAACAUGUUAAACAGAUUAACAGAUAAUAAAGACUUUGGAGAUUUAGAUAUCGCAGCUGAUAUUCAAACUGGAAGAAAAAAGAAAGAUAUUGAGGAAGAAGAUGAAUAUUUUGAUGAUAAUAAAAGUGAAGAUAGUAAUAAUUCUCAUGAUAUACAUGAGUUAGAAGAAAAUAUAGAUGAAGAUAAUACUGAUGAUGAAUUACAGAAUUUAAGUGAUAUUGACUUAGAUGACGAUGACGCUAGUGAUUUAGAGUUUGACGAAGAUAUUGAUGAAGCUUUGGAUGAUAAUAUUCAAUCAAAUAUAAAAAAGCAAAAUAAAAAUUCAAAAGGAAUUGAUAGCAACAUAUUUGUAUCAGCGGAAAAAUUUGCAGAAAUGUUAGAAGAACAUAGUAAACAGAAAGGUAAAACUGGUGGUACAAAUGUAUUUAAUACUUCGGAUGGUGCAAGUUCGAAACAAAUAGAAUGGGAGAUUAAACGACAUCAGAAACUCAGAAAUUCUUUAAAUAGAAAUAAACGGAAAAGUUCCAAAAUUUUUAAAAGCAAUGUAAAAAGGGUUAAACAUUAAUUAUAAAAUAAAUAUAUUUUAAAAGCUUU